UGAUUCACAUUGAUCAGACAAAUUCAUCUCUUUCUUCUUUUAGUAAAGCUUAUAGCUAAUAUUAGUUACUAACAGCAGUAAAUAGAUAGAAAAAUGGCAUCAUUCUCAUCAAUAUUGCUCUACAUUUUUGUAUGUUCCGCACUUCUCUUGGGCAACAUUACUCCUUCAUUGGCAGCUAAACCUAAGCUUCUUGACGAUUAUCUUCCAAAUGGGCACUUCGAAGAUGGACCAAAACCAUCAAAUCUAAAGAAAACAGUGAUAAUAGGGAAAAACUCACUGCCCAAAUGGGAAAUCAAUGGCUUAGUAGAAUACAUCUCGGGUGGUCCUCAACCAGGUGGAUUUUUCUAUGCUGUUCCUCGAGGAGUUCAUGCUGUAAGACUAGGAAAUGAAGCUAACAUUUCUCAAACCAUAAAACUUAAACCAAAUUCCUACUAUUCUUUAACAUUCGGAGCAACUAGGACUUGUGCACAAGAUGAGGUAUUAAGGGUGUCUGUUCCUCCGAGUUCAGGAGAGUUUUCACUACAGACACUAUACAGCAGCGAUGGUGGUGAUACUUAUGCUUGGGCUUUCAAAGCUGAAUCAGAAAAUGCUAAGAUCACUUUCCAUAAUCCCGGGGUUCAAGAGGAUCCUACAUGCGGCCCCCUUGUCGAUCAUGUGGCUAUAAAAGAACUCGUCGUUCCUCAUUACACAUCAGGUAAUGUGGUAAAGAAUGGUGGAUUUGAAUGUGGACCACAUUUUUUCAAGGAUUACUCCACUGGAGUCCUCAUCCCUCCUCAACAGGAAGACAAGGUGUCUCCACUCCCAGGUUGGAUCGUCGAAUCCCUAAAAGCCGUUCGUUACAUCGAUUCGAAAAACUCUAAGGUCCCGUACGGACUUGCUGCAAUCGAGUUAGCUGCAGGAAGAGAAAGUUCAAUUGCUCAAAUUCUAAGGACAAUCCCGAAACAGCUGUAUAAAUUUGAGUUUGCAGUUGGAGACGCAGAAAAUUUCUGUCAUGGAUCUAUGGUGGUUGAGGCGUUCGCAGGCGCAGAAACUUUAAAAGCUAAGUUCGAAUCCACUGGAAAGGGUGACUUCAAGACUGUUAGUUUCAAAUUCAGAGCUGUUUCAGCAAGAACUCGAAUAAGUUUCUACAGCAGCUUUUACCAUACAAAGAUGAAUGACUUUGGUCACCUGUGUGGUCCUGUUUUGGAUGAAGUUAAAGUUUACCCGGUGUCUAGUUAGUUAUACUGAUCUUGAUCUACAUAAUUAGUGUCUUUGCGGGAUGCUAGGUUUGUAGUGUUUAUUGGUAUAAAGUUCAAACCUGACAUUUUGAGUCUUUGUGGUGUUAUGUUUCUACCAUGUAUUUAAGCAUUGAAAUGACUUGUCCUCUUCUCUAUUUUUAUAUAUAAAGGCCACUAAUUGGCUCAUUUUUAA